AUGUCCGGGGUGGGAUUGAUCACGGAAUGCGGGGUGGUUUCCGGUCGUAAGCGAUCGGGGAUCAGGGCCACACGGCCGGGCCGGGGGGCGAGGGAGUCUGGGCCAGCACGGACGGCGGGCGCAGCGGUGGGCGGGGAGGUGGCCACGCGGGAUGGCACCGUCGAGCUCGGAAAGUCGGGCCUCGAGGUCACCAGCAUAGGCAUCGGUGCCUGGUCUUGGGGCGACACAUCUGGGUAUUGGGGAUAUGGCAAGGAAUACGGGCGUGAGGCAGGCCUGGAGGCCUACAAGGCUCUCAUGGAUGCUGGUAUCACAUUCAUUGACACUGCAGAGGUGUACGGGUUUGGGAAUUCUGAGAAGUUUCUGGGGGAGUUCGCCAAGGAGGCCUCCAGCACCCCUGUCAUUGCCACAAAGUUUGCGCCUUACCCAUGGCGUCUGUCAGCAGAGUCUGUGCCCAUCGCGCUGAAAGCCAGUCUCAAACGGCUGCAGGUCGACAGUAUUGGUCUGUACAUGAUCCACUGGCCGGGCUUCUUCUGGAAUGCAUUCUUCAAUGAUGCGUAUGUGGAAGGGCUUGCAAAGUGCGUUGAUGAGGGUCUGACAAAGGCAGUUGGCGUGUCAAACUUCAACAACGAACGCGUUCGAAGCGCACACAAGGCACUCGCGGCGAGAGGCGUCCCCCUUGCAUCGAAUCAGGUUCAGUACAGCCUGCUGUACCGCAAUCCGGAGACGAAUGGUGUACUGGAGGCCUGCAGGGAGCUGGGGGUGACACUGGUGGCGUACUGCCCCUUGGCACAGGGCCUGCUGACAGGCAAAUACACAGAAACCAAUUUGCCAACUGGGCCCCGGGCGAACGCCAUCACAGCUGACCGCGUCCGCCAGGUGCAACCCCUCCUGAAACUCAUGAAGGAAAUCGGCGAUGCGCAUGGCGGCAAGACGCAGAGCCAGGUUGCGAUCAACUGGACGAUGUGCAAAGGCGUGCUGCCCAUUCCCGGUGCCAAGAACGCAUCGCAGGUGCAGGAGAUCGUUGGGUGCUUGGGAUGGAGGCUGACAGAUGACGAAGUUUCUGCCCUGGACGUCAUCAGCGCCAAGCUGCCGCCGGCCGGGGGGGCGCCUUUCGAGAACUGGUGA